AUAGUGGAGUACCCAAAAUAAUCAAUCUAGAACCCUGCAUUUACCUCCUUGAUAGCAUUUAAAUGUCCCCAAAAAUGUAAAUUGACGAAAUUCAUUUUCCACUCUUUUUUGUGCUUUGACCUAAAUGUCAAUAUUAACACGUGGUUUUUUUUUAAAUAUAACAUCAAAAAUCUGCACCGAAUUUCAGACCAAUUAUGAUUUGAUCGGCUGAAACACCAAGCUCAUAGCGAAAACAAUAAUUUCAUUGCGCUUCAUUGAUAGAUCCUGCAAAUUAAAAUCUUUGUCAGUUUAUCUUCAUUGGUAAAAUCUAAACCUGACAUUGCUCGUUACACCCACAUUGCUAAAAACACAUUUGAAGGGAAAAGUAAUUUUUUCUUACUUAGCAACCAUGGUGCAAUUGACCAAUGGGGACAGGCUGCCAUUGUUGAGCGAAGACCAGACAUCUGUAAGCGAUUUUGAGUAUGAAGCUGCUCUACGUCAGGCUGGACAACGAAAUGAACCACCAACAAUAUCAGACCAAAGACAACCAAACGCCCGAGUGACAAUCCCAAGGCAACUUGAUGAAGACGGUGAAGUUCCAAUUACCAAAUUUACCUUUUAUUUCGGAAGCUUCCUGGCCUUUUUCUCCGGUCUCAUCACCACCGUGAACAACUUCAUCAUUAAAGAAACUGGUUCAGAUUUUGGAGAACUCCUAGCAGUCCGUAGCUUGAUCCAAAUCCCGCUCAUGUUGGGCAUCGCCGUGUACAAAGGUUAUCCUUUAUUGCCUAAGGGCAAAAAGCAAAAGGCCUUGGCCUUUCUCAUGGGUCUGUUUGGUGCCGUCACAAUGCUGACUGCCUUUUCCUGCGUAAAGUUCAUGCCCGUUGGAGAUGCCAUGACCUUGAUCUUCACCAACCCUCUCUUCACCAUGAUCUUUGCUGCCUUGUUCAUGAAACAAGAUGUGACCAUUAUCAAAUUUGUGGCAGGAACUGGAUUGAUGGGCGGAAUCAUUCUGGUCAUGAAGCCACCCAUCCUCUUUCCACCUCACCACCAUCCUCACCCCAAUGACACCCACCAUGAUCACUUCCACACGAACCACUCCCAUGACCACUACCACUAUCUCUAUGCCUUCCCAUCUGGAUUAGAGGCUGGCCAUUCCCACAACUCCUCACAUUAUUACCCAUAUCCUCCAGAACCGACUCCUCGACCCACGCCCGUGGAUCCCACGUAUGAUCUUUACUUCCUGGGGGCGCUUUUGGCCACGGGUUGUGCUGUUGUGGCGGCCGCUAAUAACAUUGUCAUUGCCAAGCUGCAAGAUGUCAAGCCUUUGGUUCAGUUGCUCUAUGUGGGAAUUGGAGCCUUCUUUGUGGCAAUGGGAUGUGAACUGUUUGACUCAAACGACAAGUUCUUCACCUCAAAAAUCACAGAAAUUACAGCCACUCAAGCCCUCAUAUAUAUAGCUUUAUCUUUGUCGGAUGCCCCUCUCGAUAUCCGUUCUAGGGAUGUUUUGCUACUUUUGCAUGAUCGUAUCUUUGGUGCUAAAAGUUCCUCCCGCAACCGUCUCUACCCUGAGAACUCUGCAAAUCAUUGUGGCCUUUGUGGUUCAAGUCUUUGUGUCGCACACCAUGCCUGGGUUCGUUGACCUUCUUGGAGCAGCCUUGGUUUUCGUUUGCGCUUUGGUCAUCACGUUUGAAAACAAGAUCGGACUCUUCAUAGAGAACACGUGUUGUUCCAGGAAUACAUUGUUAAGAAAUUCAUACGAGGAAAUAUGAUUGAUGA